GCCGAAGAUGUCGGCUCGGUCAUGUGAUCAGCUGUGUCCAAUCACAGCUGAUCACAUGGGACAUGUACACUGAUCAUCAGGGCACUGAUGAUCACUGUGCCCUGAUCAGUGUGGCCCCAGAAGUGCCACCUGUCAGUGCUUAUCAGUGCCACGUGCCAGUGCCCAUCAGUGCCACAUCAAUGCCACAUAUCAGUGCUUACCAGUGCACAUCAAUUCCACAUAUCAGUGCCCAUCUGAGCUGCCUUUCAGUGUCACCCAUCAGUGCCAGUCAGUGCCACCUAUCAAUGCCAAUCAGUGUCACCCAUCAGUGCCAGUCAGUGCCACCUAUCAAUGCCAAUCAGUGCCACCUAUCAGUGCCAGUCAGUGUCACCUAACAGUGCCAGUCAGUGCCACCUAAUAGUGCCAGUCAAUGCCGCCUAUCAGUGCCAGUCAGUGCUGCCUAUCAGUGCCAUAUAUCAGUGUCAUGUAUCAGUGCUGCCUUUCAGUGCCCAUCAGAGAUGCCUGUCAAUGCCCAUCAGUGCAACCUACCAGUGCCUCCUCAUCAGUGCCCAUCACUGCAGCCUCAUUAGCGCACAUCAGUGAAGGAGAAAAAUCACUUAUUUACAAAA